CAACACGGCGGAAUUGCAUAAAAGCCACGGCAAAUGCCAGAGCUGGCAACAAACGUGAUACGAUAUUGAAAUGCGCAACAUCUUAUCCAUAACAAUUUUAGCCCUGGCUCUGGGCAUCGCCUGUGCCUUUGACUAUUGUACGAGGAACUGUGGCACCACACCGAACAUUGGCUGCAACAACGAUGGCUCCUGGGCUUCUACCUGUCCCCCCGAUAAGACCUUGCUGACUCUGACGACUGCCGAGAAGAAUGCGAUUGUGGCCAAGCACAAUGAGCAUCGCAAUUUUAUUGCCGGUGGCGGUGACAGCAAAUUGUCACCCGCCUGCCGCAUGGCCACCAUGGAGUGGGACAAUGAUCUUGCCUAUCUCGCCUCCCUCAACGUCAAGAGCUGUGAGAUGCGUCACGAUAAAUGCCGCAAAACGGCCGCCUUCGACUGGGCUGGCCAGAAUCUGGCCUGGAUCGGUUAUUUCGAUCCAUUGAACUCGUUGACCAAUGCAAUUCGUGGCGUGGACAUGUGGUACGACGAAGUGGCCGAUACGACUCAAGCCCAUAUCGAUGCCUACCCAUCCAACUACAACGGACCCGCGAUUGGCCAUUUCACCGUUAUGGUCGCUGAUCGCAACACCCGUGUGGGCUGUGCCGUAUCCACGUAUUCGGUAACUGGCCAGUCCUACAAGGCCUACCUUAUGGCCUGCAACUAUGCUGCCACCAAUGUCAUCGGCAUCAAAAUGUACACCAGCUGCGCAGUGGGUGCCAGCAGCUGCACCACUGGCGUCAAUCCAAGCUACCCAUUCCUGUGCAGCUCCAGUGAGGUUUACGAUCCCAAUAACUUGUACUACUGAAUAGCUUACCAUCAGCACUGAUAGUGAAAUAAAUAAUAUGCAUGCAAAACUA